AUACACAGUGAAUCAGUAACGAUUAAAUUGAUGUUGUUUUGUGGACUCGGGGCUCGAAAAUGCCAGGAAAAGUCGGUGUAAAGAUUAAAGCUGGGCGAAAUUUGCCCAUUAUGGACAAAAGUUCGGACACAACAGAUGCUUAUGUUGAAAUAAAAUUGGGAAAUGUGACGCACAAAACGGAUGUAUGUAGGAAAAGUUUGAAUCCAGUUUGGAAUUCAGAUUGGUUUCGUUUCGAACUGGAUGAUGCUGAACUGCAAGAUGAGAUACUUCAAAUACGUCUUAUGGACUAUGACACCUAUUCAGCCAAUGAUGCCAUUGGCAAGGUGAAUAUUGGCUUGAAUCCUUUAUGCUUGGAAACUUCUGGACAAAUUUCCGGGUGGAUACCAGUAUUCGAUACUAUGCAUGGAAUCCGCGGUGAAGUCCAUGUUAUUGUCAAAGUAGAUUUAUUCUCAGAUGUCAACAAAUUUAGACAGAGUUCUUGUGGCAUACCCUUCUUUCAUUCUCCCUGCAUUCCCAAUGGAUAUCGAGCUCAAGUCAUACAUGGCUUUGUAGAAGAGUUGGUUGUGAAUGAUGAUCCCGAAUACCAAUGGAUUGAUAAAAUUCGAACUCCCCGAGCUUCCAAUGAGGCUCGCCAGCUUGUUUUUCAAAAACUAUCUGGUCAAGUCCAAAGAAAAAUGGGCCUAAAGGCCAUAAAUAUGGGUGCCAAUGCAGUUAUAGCAUAUACACAAUGCUUUGAUUUGGAAGGUGAUGUAGGAGUUGUUGCUCGAGGAGUUGGAACGGCAGUAUCACUAAUAAAAGAUACAACCAAUCAACCGACCUCAGCCGACAGUGCUCUCAUCGAAGAACGUACUCUCAAAUAUUUAGAAUUUCUAAGAGGAGGAAAUUUUGUGACACGACCCCCUCAAUCUUGUUCCACACCUUCCUUAAAUAGGUUGAACUUUGAAAAUUAUACGCUUGGCGUUGAUGAGAUCACUGAUUCUGAAUCCGAGUUCGGUUCGAAUGUUAUGCUUGAUCUAAUAAAGCAAGAAGAGGGUCGCGGCGAUAGGCCAUUGAAAAAAUUCACCUAUAAAAUGCUUAAUAUCACCAACUCGUCGCGUAAUGUAUUCAACGACAAAUGCGCCACAUUGAUGCGUAAAAUCGACGAAAAUUCAUCUUCCAGUGGUUCUCGAUCAUUAAGCAGUGCUGGCAUAUAUUUUCCGGGUAAAAAUCUUAAAAUUCGUUCUGAAUCCAAUUCUAUGUUGGAUGUACGUAAGAUAUCGCCUCGUAACAGAUGGACCAUCAAUAGGUAUAUGAGAGAAGAAGACAACCUUCAAGAGCAUCACAAAGGAUUGCAGCGUACCAUGCAUCCCAUUGUGCGCUCAGUUAGCGAUGAUUCGGCCAUGAAGCAAACAUCAUCUUGUGCAGCCAAACGAAAUCAACAUGAAAUUAAAAACUCAUUUUGCAUUGAAUCGGAGUCUGCGCUAAAUUCUCUUCAAACACAGCAGUACUGUAUGUGUAAGGCUAAGCAAGAGGAUUGUUUGGCCACAAUAGACAGUGAGGUGUCUGAUGAAAAUGAAAGGACUGCAACUAAUAACGAUGAGAUUGAAAACGAUUUCGACUUAAGUCCUUCAACAUCCAUAACCAUAGAAAAUGUCGAUGGAGAUGAUGGCCAUGCUUGUUGUCCUAAGCGCUUUUCGAUUUCACAAACAGAUUUAGUUAAUUUUAAAAAUAAUCCCAACUACAAUCCCAUAAUACACUCGCAAUCGUUUAGCAAUGUAAAUGCUUCAUCAACUGCCCUAACAGCUAGCGCCAGCAAUCGUCCAUACAGUCGCCCAGCGUCCAUAACUUUAGUAACAACUACGUUUUCCAAUAGUACAUAUCCAAAUCCGCAACUUAGAUUAUGCCCCUCUACCCCUACACCUUCGGAAUCCCACGAAGUUGUCAUCGAAGAACAAAAUUCUAAAAGCGCAAGCGAUAUUUUUACCUUUCCAACCGUUAGUGGUGGAGUUGGCAAUCCCCUGUAUCCGCCAGGAUUUGUAAGCACUGAUAGUAAAUUAUUAUCUCCUACAAACUUGGAUUCAAACUUUGUAGCCGUCCCCCCAAAUACGAAUCGUUGUUGUACUAGUACUAAUAGUAAUGCCAAAAAUUCAUUGCUUGUUGUCCCAUUCAUUUCUAACGCUGGAUUCACCAUCACCAACACCAAAAAUCAUCGUCAGCACAGGUCUUUAAGCGAAAUCACUGGCAGCAAUAAUCAUUCGAAUAAUGGCAGCCCGCAUCUAAAAGCAGGAGGCCAUGUUUCGCCUGGCGUAGCUAUGCAUGCCGAUGAGGACAUUUCUGCAGCUAAACCGACAGCUUCUAGUGCCACCAUAAAUCCUGCUUUAGCAAAACUCACCCCAAGUCCAACGCGAUCAGGUGUGACAUCUGCAACGCCAGCCAGCAUACAAUCCCAAUCGGAUAGUUUAUCAUCAGCCACCACCAUAUCAACAGCCACAACCAUUAUUCCCAAAGAAAUUGGAGAAAUGUGCAGACGUUCUUCCGACUCGGAUUUAAGUGUUACACCCAAAGUUAUACAACGUAAAAGAAAUUCAUUUUGUGUGACUAGUGAUCGUUUAAUGGCAGCCACGGCAAUGAUGCGUUUGGGUCAACCAACAGUGGGAGGCAAAAAUGCCACAGCAGAGGGCUUGGAUAUGUUGGAAUAUCCUUUUCUUACAAUGACAAAAUAUCCGGCAGGAUUAAUACUUCACAUAGGCGCCACGGUGGCGGCAAGAUCUGUGAAGUUAUUGGAACGAGUACCAAAUCCAGAUGAACCAGAAAUCAGAGACUCAUGGUGGACCGAACUGCGUAUGGAAAUAAGAUCACAUGCACGCUCACUAGGAUGUAAUGUGGUUCUGGGAUAUUCCGAGUCGACAACCAUUUCUGAUGACGUUUGCGUCCUUUCUGCCACUGGCACUGCAGCUAUAAUUAAUAUGGGCUACAAUCGUUCAGUAUCACAAAGUGAUAUUUUUAAUAUUGCGAAAAGCACAGGUGUAAAUGCUAUGUCCGCUUCACUGGAAGAGAGAAUGGCGGGCAAUAAUGAAGGUUCCAUCAAGGAUUCGGUUGGCAUAUCAAAUGGAUCAGUGGGUAAAAAGUAUGGCCUUUCCUCGCUAAUGAUGGUAACGAAAACAUCAUGCACCAUAUGUCAUGUCCCCUAUAAUGCAAGCUCCAUACCAUUCAGUGUGAAAAUGCGAAAAUGUGCAAUAUGUUGUAAAGGUCGAGUUCCGGAUGUAUUGUUAGCUACCCUUGAGGUACCUGAUUGUGUUCAAGUAACAGGCCGUGGUUGUUUUCUUCAAGCUCAAGUUGUAAGAGCCAAAAAAGAUUUACGCUCCGAGCUAAAUGCUAAGGAAAUUUCAGAUGGUCUACCAUUUUUGGAAUAUGAACUACACCGUGUACUCAUCAAUAAACUCAAAGCCAAGGGCAUGAAUGCAAUAUUUGGUCUGAGGGUUCAGGUCUCAAUAGGAGAACGUAUGCUUGCCCUGGUGGCCACCGGAACGGCUUUGUUUAUAACAGCUUUGCCCGUACCACAGGUACCGAAAAUAGUUGCCGGCAAUUCGUGGACUGACAAACAAAAACUCAAUGAACUACAAAAGAAACUGCAAGAAACGUUUGAACGUUACCAAGAUGUAUAUCAGUUACGACCUUUGGAUCAUGAUAUGUUGGACAAAAGUUCAGAUACCGAUGAUUCGGAUGAGGAGGGCGUUGAUAUCGAUUUGAAUUGUGGCAAUAAAGAUACCUGUGUUCUGGAGGUAGACGAUAUUGAAGAUUUAGAAAUUAUUUCGCUAUUAAUGGAGCAACAACCGCCUGAGGGCUUUCAUGUAGUGAGCACCGAAAAAGUGCCGGGCAUGGUAGACAUGGAAGCAGUAAAGAAUUUACAAAUGUUUACACAAGUGUGGAGAGCGAAAGCAGACGGUGGCCAAAGUGUAAGUGGCUUUCCAAAACAUUUUCAAAGACUGUUGCAGACAAUAUACUUUAAGCUGCGUACCAUGAUUCCCUGUGCCAUUUGUGAUUUAAGAUUUAAGCUGGACUUUCCAGAAAGUGAUCAAAUUCAAAUUUUAGUUACUGGCAUGGCCUUAGGUUUGGGUGAUCCAAGCAAAUCUAAAUAUAAACGUAAAAUGCAGGCUAACGGACAAUUAGAUAGCAAUAAUACUGAUAAUCAUCAUCACUCUAAUGAUGGCCAUAAGAAAGCAACAAGCGAUGAGGACUAUAUAUUUCCCCUGGAUGAAGAUCAAAUGGUGGAGACCCCAACGCCAGCCACAAAUAUGCCACUGUUUGGUGCUCAACUCUUUAAGAACCGCAAAUCUUCGCCAAUUCAAUUAACAACAGCACCCGGUUUAAUAAGGCAGCGAUAUAAUCGUUUGUGCGAACGCAAUGGCGUUGAUAUAACACCGAUGAGUUUUAUUCCUGGUGGAAGAAUUGAAAAAUAUUUGGGAAAUUUAAAUUUCUUUUUCAUUCGCGAAAGCACCUCUGUUAGGGAAAAUGGUGGCAUAAGUGGUUUUGUGCAUGGUUUUAUAACAGAGUUGCUGGCUGUGGUACGAGCACAUAUAGCUUCAUUGGGUGGCAAUGCAAUGGUGUCCUAUUACAUCAAUGAAUUAAUCCUAUACGAUAAUCAACACAAAAACCAGGGCCAAUGUUUAAUAAGUAUUGGAGGUGAUGCUGUAUACGUAUCAUACCACAACGACGACUGAUACGUCACCAAAUGUCUAUAACGCAUGUCAAUCAUCACAAUAAGACCUAAAAAUUGUUACAAUUAAACGAAACCUUUGCAAUAUUUCCUUAGCUAAUUUAUUCUCUUGUUCUCUCUAUCUAUAAUUAACAAAUCUACCUAGCUAUCUACCUUGUGUCUCUCUAUUUUAACUAUUUACCUUUAUGUUUUGUUUUUGACCUUUUUAUACCUAUAUACUCGUAUGAUGUACUACUACUUAAAACUACAACAAUUUUGUUGAUUCUUUUCACAAAUGUGUAACAACUUUCUGUUUGGUCCUUUACGGCUAUUAAUCUGUGACUUUACAUAGAAUGUACUUGAAGUUUUGAAUUCUAAAACCCAAAACUUAAUUUUUAUUAUUUUUUAAUGCUGAAAUACAAUUUAAAAUUGAAAGCUCCAAAAUGUUUUCUUUAACUUUUACCUUAUAGUUAAGAGCCCAACUGGUACUUCCUGUGUCCACUUUAUCCCAAAUUUGGGAAUAAGAUUCGUACAAUGGCACAUAGAAUCCACUCAGGAUACUGAGGAACUUACGCACUUGUAACAUAAUUGACCUCAAACGUUAUCGAGAUCGACCUUCUUAUACGCAUAAGAAUUUUUUUCUGAGUGCGGCGAAUAUGCCAUCCGUGAAAUCGUCGCUAUUUGCUGGCAAAAUCCUAUUUUAAAAAAGGAUAUUAAUGGCAUGGAAUACCAAGUUACAUAUUUAUAAAGUCGCCAAAUAAAACGUUCCAAUAAAAUCCUGAAAUCCCUUUGUUAACGUCGUAUUUUUAUGCCAAAAAUACGUUUUAAAAUAGGUUCGGUUUAACAUCAUGAUGUCAUCUGUUAUCAAUUCUCGUGGAUUGCUACCAUAACUAAGAAGAAGACAAAGUGAGUAAUAUUUAUUAUUUUUUUUCUUUAAGACCUAAAACCUUAUGAUCCAAAUUAAGGCUCCACAAUAAUAGUGUUUUUGGAUCAAUUGAUUACAAGUUUUCCUGUUCAACGAAAAAAAAAAAAUAACUAAA